CGAUGCUGGGGAGCGCAGCGCUGCCCCGCUCCCCCCGGCCCUUCCUGGGGGGAAGCUGAGCCCCCGGGGCCGUGCCAUGGGCUCCCAUGUUAGGGGCUGCUGCCCACAGCCCCCUGAGACCCCCGAGGCUGCGAGGAUGUCGACGGUUGCCACCGAUGGUGGAUGUUGAUGUUUGUGCGAGUGGAGAUAGCACCAGAAGAAAAAUGGAUGCCCUAACAGAUAGUGCAGUUGAGAUUGUUCCUUUGGAGCUCUAUGAUUCAGCCAGAGCAAAAAUAGCUGCUAAUCUACAAUGGAUAUGUGCUAAAGCCUACGGAAUAGAUAAUGUCCCGGAGGAGCUGAAGGACCCAUUUUACAUAGAUCAAUAUGAGCAAGAACAUAUUAAACCACCCGUCAUCAAGCUGCUGCUGUCCAGCGAGCUGUACUGCCGUGUCUGCAGCCUCAUUCUGAAGGGGGAUCAGGUGGCUGCUCUGCAGGGACACCAGUCAGUGAUCCAGGCUCUGUCUCGAAAAGGGAUUUACGUCAUGGAGAGUGAUGAUACACCUGUGUCUGAAUCUGAUCUGGGCUGUGCACCAAUCAAAAUGAGUUCCCAUAUGGCAAUGAUUGAUGCUCUUAUGAUGGCCUAUACUGUAGAAAUGAUCAGCAUUGAAAAGGUGGUUGCUAGUGUCAAGCGUUUUUCUACAUUCAGUGCCUCGAAAGAACUGCCCUAUGAUUUGGAGGACGCAAUGGUAUUCUGGAUUAACAAGGUGAACCUUAAAAUGAGAGAGAUAACAGAGAAAGAGAUUAAAUUAAAGCAACAGCUAAUGGAAAGUCCAGGGCACCAAAAGUCUCCUUCCAAAUGGUAUUGGAAAUUAGUACCUCCUGAUCUGAUGCAUGCUGUAUUGCACUGCAUGCUGGAACCAGUGGAAUAUGCUCGUGUGGUGCGUUACCGAAGAGACCAUCUUUCAAGUAGGCAAUUACCUUACUUCCCUUUGCUUGAAGAUUUGAUGAAGGAUGGUAGUGAUGGUGCUGCUCUUCUAGCUGUGAUACACUAUUAUUGUCCAGAGCAAAUGAAACUAGAUGAUAUUUGUUUGAAGGAGGUAACAUCAAUUGCAGACAGCCUCUAUAAUAUUCAACUUUUGAGAGAAUUCUCCAAUGAAUAUCUCAACAAAUGCUUUUACCUCACAUUGGAGGACAUGUUAUAUGCUCCUUUGGUUUUAAAGCCUAACGUCAUGGUAUUCAUUGCGGAGCUCUUCUGGUGGUUUGAGAAUGUCAAACCAGACUUUGUACAACCAAGAGACAUUCAGGAAAUAAAAGAUGUUAAAACAGUGUUGCAGCAGAAGAGCAGUCGUCCCCCUGUUCCUAUUUCCAAUGCCACUAAGCGAAGUUUCAUGGCUAGCCCUGCUAGUACAAGCCCAGCAGACUUGCAGCCCUCAGCUCAGACAGGCCCUGAAGCUUGCAAUCGAUAUUACCUGCACCCCGAGGAGCCUGACUAUCUUGGCAAAGGAGGAAGCCCUGCCUUUAGCCCUUCCCAUCCACUGCUCCCUUUGAGACAAAAGCAACAGAAAUCUUUACAGGGAGAAGACAGCCCUGGUCAUCGGCAUCGUUCUAAUUCUCUGACCCGUGUUGAUGGGCAGCCACGAGGUUCAGUUCUUGCAUGGCCGGAGAGGAAACCCAGGCCUCUGUCUCAGCCAACACCAUUUGCUCUUCAUCAUUCUGCCAGUAGUGAUGUGGACCCUGGGUCUGGUGAUAGCAUUAGUCUGGCUAGAUCAAUCAGCAAAGACAGUCUUGCUUCAAACAUUGUUAAUGUAACUCCAAAAAAUCAGCCCCAUCCUCCAUCGAUGAAAACUAAUGGGAAGAGCUUGUUGAACAAUGUUGAAAUCGAGGAUGAAGAUGAAGAGCUUAUUGCAAUAAUCAGAGCUGAAGAAAGGCCAAACCGUGGUGAUCUUGAAUUGCAGAAUGCAUCAGCCAGGGUGCCCAGCAUAGUUGCAACUGCAUGGUCUCCAAAAACAAAUAGCGAGGCUUCAGAAAGCAAACCAGACAGUUUUUACUUGGAGCCUUUAAUGCCUGCCGUUCUAAAACCAGCAAAAGAAAAACAGAUAAUCAAUAAAGAGGAUGAAUGUGGGGAGGGGAGACAAAGGAGUUUUAUAACAAAAAGAUUAAAUGAAGGACACUUGCCUUUGGUCCGCAAGAAAACAAAUAACAGUCAUGGUGAGCAUGACCUCAAUAGGACUUUUACUCCAAUUUCUAGUUCUGAUUUCACUCCAGUUGCAGAUCCCGGUACUGCAGAUUCGGUGACACUGGUGGAGGCAGGUUUAGAAGCUUCCAGACCUUUGGCUAGUAGCAGUUUAGAUUCUUCCACUCAGGAGCUAUCCACUGGAGGAUUUUUUCUUCAUGCUGCUAAAUCUGAUGAUGACAUAGCGAGUAAGGUCAGUGUAAGUUAUGUGAAAAGUCUCAAUUUGCAUGUUCCGGAUACUACAUGGACUAUGGUCAGACAGGACUCUGAUUCAGAUCUCUUGGACAUAGAAGACGCUGAACAGGAUUUGGUAGUCAUAGAUGACCACCCUAUAGUCGCUAAAUACAUUGGCGAGGAAGAAUCUGCAAAAUUGCAAGAAGAUAUGAAGGUAAAAGAACACGAAGAUAAGGAUGAUGCUAGUGGACGUUCCAGCCCAUGUUUGAGUACAAUUUCUCAAGUUAGCAGUGUGUCGGUGGCUAGUGGGAGUGUCCGAAUGACCAAUUUUGCAGAGCGAAAGCUUCAGAGACUUAAUAGCUAUGAAACAAAGUCCAGCACAAGUAGUUCACAAAAGACCACGCCAGAUGGAUCAGAAAGCUGCCCAGCACCACUGACCACAUGGAAACAGAAGCGAGAACAAAGCCCCAACAGACAAAAUAAAGAUAAUGUUAAUCUUCUAGCUUCUGAAUUGGUGCAGCUUCAUAUGCAGUUGGAAGAGAAACGAAGAGCAAUAGAAGCUCAAAAGAAGAAAAUGGAAGCCUUAUCUGCAAGACAGCGACUAAAAUUGGGCAAGGCAGCUUUCUUGCAUGUUGUUAAAAAAGGGAAAUCUCCUGAUGUUCCACAUCCUCUUAAACCAGAACAUUUUGCAAAAGAAUAUUCUCGGCACAAUGGUGAAGACUUAGAUGAAGUUUCCUUGAGUUCCAAAUCUGAGGAGUUUCUUGUGAAAGAGGAGGAGAGAGAAGAAAUGUUGAAUGAUUCUCAAGAAGUAACAAAAGUAAAAAUCCAAGAAAGCCUAGCUUUUGCUGAGCAACAUAAACCGAAAGACUCUGCUGCUCUACAUGAUUUGGAAAAAAGUAAAAUUAUUUCUGUUGCCCUCCUAGAAGACAAUGUUACUGAAGUGGAUAUAAAUGAAUGUGAUCUUUCUAUUGAAAAACUAAAUGAAACGAUCAGUACACUUCAGCAGGCUAUAUUAAAGAUUUCUCAGCAGCAGGAACUACUUAUGAAAUCUCCAUCAGUGCCAUCACCAGGAACCAGAAGUAACUCUCAGGACCAAAAGGUAAAACCAUCAAUUCAUUUUGUUGAGCCCCUGUCUCCAACUGGAAUGAACAGUCUGCGUAAACCACCUCGAUUUGGUCAAGGAAGGAGUCCUCGAUCAGGAAGACCGGCUGAUCUGAAAGUCAUUAAAGACAGGCAACAAAAUUCAGGACGUGUUAAAACCCCAACACCAAGUCUAGAAACCUUCCCCCAUUUAAGACCAUUUCCAUCCAACAGUUUGUCAAAGACACCGACAGAAAUUGGUUUGGAAAGUAGUCCUGAUUAUGGAGGUGGUUCUCAAGAAAAGUGUUUCUUUGAUACUUAUAGACUUCAUGAUGAGAGCAAUCAACGGGCACUUGUUCUCUCCACCUCCAAAGAUGCAAAUAUUAUUUCUGAAAUGAGCAAAGAGGUGAAUAACAGCUUCAAGGAAACAGGGUUGAAUUCUUCUGAUGGCUCAGGAAAAGAAAAUGUCCCAGUGGACGAACCACUGAGAAGCAAGGCUAAUCUCAUUGAAGUAGACUUGUCUGACUUAAAAGCUCCAGAUGAAGGAGAACUUGAAAACCAGGAUAGCUCUGCAGAUAUAAUUAGUGAAGGUGAUCAGAAGUCUGGUGUGGGUUUUUUCUUCAAGGAUGAACAGAAAGCAGAAGAUGAGCUUGCAAAGAAACGUGCGGCGUUCCUUCUGAAACAGCAGCGCAAAGCUGAGGAGGCUCGGAUUCGGAAACAGCAGUUGGAGGCUGAAGUUGAACAAAAAAGAGAUGAAGCUCGUCGCAAAGCUGAGGAGGACCGAAUACGGAAAGAAGAAGAGAAGGCUCGAAGAGAACUUAUCAAGCAAGAAUAUCUAAGGAAAAAACAGCAGCAAAUUUUGGAGGAGCAAGGGCUUGGAAAGCCCAAAUCAAAGCCCAAAAAACCCAGGCCAAAGUCAGUCCAUCGUGAAGAGUCUUACAGUGAUUCAGGGACAAAGUGUUCUUCCACACCCGAUAAUUUGAGCAGUGCUCAAUCUGGUUCCAGCCUUUCUUUGGCUUCAGCAGCAACAACUGAACCUGAAAGCGUGCACUCCGGUGGCACACCAUCUCAGAGAGUUGAAUCAAUGGAGUCCUUGCCAAUACUGAGCAGAAAUCCUAGCAGGAACACAGAGAGAGAUUGGGAGAAUGCUUCUACAGCAUCUUCUAUUGCUUCGGUGGCAGAAUACACAGGUCCAAAAUUAUUUAAGGAACCCAGCAGCAAAUCAAACAAACCUAUUAUUCACAAUGCUAUAUCUCAUUGCUGUCUUGCUGGAAAAGUGAAUGAACCACAUAAGAAUUCAAUAUUAGAGGAACUAGAAAAGUGUGAUGCCAACCACUACAUCAUUUUGUUCCGUGAUGCUGGCUGCCAGUUUAGAGCACUUUAUUGCUACUAUCCUGACACUGAAGAGAUCUACAAGCUGACUGGAACAGGGCCAAAGAGCAUCACCAAGAAAAUGAUUGACAAACUUUAUAAGUACAGUUCGGACAGAAAACAGUUUAAUGUGAUUCCAGCCAAAACCAUGUCUGUCAGUGUGGAUGCUCUUACUAUUCAUAACCACUUGUGGCAAGCCAAGCGACCUGCAGUGCCAAAGAAGAGUCAGACUCGUAAAUGACACUGAGUUCUUGGGGAGAAGAUUGCUGAAUGGGAUUGCAGUGGAAGAAGACACGUUUACCAUUUUCCUCCAGUUUGGUAUGAAAUGUGCAGAACCAUAAACAUUUUUUAAGAAGCUUCUAAACAGAAACCGUGGAUGCAAGUUAUUAAGAAUGAAGGAACAUUGCCAGUGUUUUUUAUGAAUAAUAAAUCUGCUGUUACACCCGAUGCUAACUACUGUGGCUUUCAACUGAUGAGGGACUGUGCAUGUAGCAAGAUCUUUAACAAGUGGAUUUCCUUUUACUUGAAGCUUUUCAUCGGUACAAAUUGGGAAUAAUUUAGUUCUGUUUCCUCUCCGCCUCAUUCCCUCCUUUUUCCUGUCAUUCUUAAAGUUGGCAAGCUCUGAACUUCAGUAGAAGGAUUGAACAGAUCUUGGGUGAAGUGCUUUGGGUUUGGUUUGGUUUGGUUUUUUAAACAGUCUUUAGGGAAAUCUUCCUUUCAGACCUUUUUGAGGAACUGUUUAAUACAUCAAAUUGUUGUACUGUAUCUACUGCCAACGUAAGUCCAGCUCUCAGAUUUCUGAAAAAAAGCCCCAACUUGUGCUGCUCAGAACAGAGUUUACUUGCAGUAUCUGUUUAGGAUAAGCAUUGCAAGGAUUGCAAAAGCCAGUCUUUUUUUUUUUUUAAAUUGUUCACAAGUUUAAAGAUUUCUGGAAUACAAUCAUGAAGAGGCAUACAGGUGCUACUAGCUGGAAUAUGCCUGACUGAAACUUAAGACAAGCUGAAUGGAGCACAGUUAUUACUGAUUUCAGUUUCAGGUAGUGUCCUAAAGAUUUGUUUGCUUUAAUAAAGAUGGAUUCUGGUAGGUAUAGAACAUUUCCACUCUGAGCACGCUACUCCUGUACAAUGGUGCACUUAACGAUCACAAAUUUUAAUGUUUUUAUUACAUCAUGAAAUGUAAUUCUACUUUUUUUGUCCUGUCUUUAUUCUGAAUGAGCAGCAUGCUCUAAAAUGAAGAGUGUGUUAUGUUUUUUAUUUUGGGUGAUAUAUUAAUAUAUAUUGAUCUGUUUUUCUCAUUUAAAAGCAAUUUUUAAACAGAGACAUUUGCAUUUGUUUCAAAAGCCCAAAUAAGUCGAAUGGCUUGGAUUUCUUUUCAUGUUGAAAUAUUAAAUCUUCAGUUAUGACCUUAAAAGUCUUUGUGUUUCAGCAGAUUAAACUUUUGUCUGUGGUAACAGGGUAUAUUUGCAGUUUGGUUCCAUUUUUUUAAUGUUCCCAUUUCUCAUUUUUGGCCCCGGCUAGACUUCUGAGUAGAUUUCUGUAGCUAUUACCUAAUUUAAUCUGCUAACAUGCGCCUGCUACAUCUAGUCUGACACUACUACUUGAGGGUCAUGCAGGCUUAUAACUUUGGUUUGCACAUGUUUACUUUUAUUUGAAGUGUUACUUGAAUAUGUCUCUCAAGUGCAAAAGGCACUACACCAUCCUAGAGAUGAACUGAGCUCUAAAAUACAAUACAGUGUAAUUAUUAAACCUUGAGAAUAAUGGAAGUUACAAAGAGUUAUGUACAUAAGGGGAAAAUAGGGUACGUAAUAAAAUGCUAACUAGAUAGAGCAAAGUGAAGGUCUUCCAUUGCGAUCUCUGCAUUUUUUUCCCCUUCCAGUACAUCUUGACUAGGCUGCUGCAACUUUGUAAAUUAUGUUAGAUAGUUCGCUGCUUGUAAAUAAUUAAAGGCUUUAUGGUUUCUAAAGUGCUAAGUAUUAAACACCGUCAUGAGUGUAACUUUUGUUACCAUGCUUUUCAUGCUUGUGCUUUAUUUCUCACUGUUUGAUAUUAUAUACCAUAUUUAUUUUAUGAAACACUGAAAUUUAAUAAAAAUCAUUAACUGAUUUCCUUUUUUUCAUGUGUACUUUUGUUGUUGUGACACUUCAUCCCCUCUAAGAACUAAUAUACUUUAAAGAUGUGCUAUUCUGUUUACUUGUGCUUUUAAAAAGUUUCACCUGUAAAUAAAUAGCUGUAGUAAUUUUAUGACAAGAACUUAGUUCUUCUGACCCUGAUUGCAGUGUGCAAGAAUUUGACCAAAAGGCUUUCAGAAAAUUGAGAAGUAAUUUAACAGUCUUUUUAAGGAUUUAUUUCAUCAGUCUUCAGACUCUUGAAUCUGGCUAGUGAGUUUUCUUUGAUCUGUGUAUUCAGCUAGUGACAAUUUUGGAAGCACCAAGAGAAUUUCUUUUAUUGGGCUCUUCUGUAUUAGCUUGCUUGUGAUUUGUAAAGUUGCCUGUAGAAUUUAGAAGUAAGCUGGCUCUUUAAGCUUCGCAAUGAAUCCAUAUUGGUUGCACAGAAUUGAAAUCUGCAUUCUCAAAACUAGACUUUUCUAAUGCAGAAAUAAUUUUCUGUGACUGCAAGAUAAAUUUUUCCAAGAAGAUAGUCCUUGUUUUGUAGAGAAUAAAAAAAAAAUAAAUAAAAAAUCAGUGAUUUGUACUUUCCUGUAUUUCGUUCAGGCUGAGAUGUUGCUGCCCGUAGAAAGGACUGGAAUAAAAGAAGGUGAUGGCACCUUCGGUGUUCUCCUGGAUGUGAUUGUGCUAGAUCAGGUCCUUAUUUUUCCUGCUGCAAUGUGACUUUGUUGACUGCUGGAAACAACAGGAGGUGCCGUCCCUUUGGAGAGGGAGAGGAGGCCGGGAGUCCUGCAGCUGUAGGCAGCAUGUAGUCCCAAGCCCCAUGCUGAGGACCGUAGAGGAAGCAGAGGAGAAAGUCAUUUUCCAAGACAUUAAAUUCUCUGAAAAACUAACAGUCUUGAGUUUUAGUUAGCAAAAAAACAUUAAUCUCAAAUACCUUGCAAGGAAUAUGGUGUAUUAAUUUAGUCUGGAAACAGGGGGAGAGAGAAGUUUGCUUGUAAGAACAUAACGAUUUGUGGGUGAAUGUGCAGAGGAAUGUAGGAAAAUUGUAGAUGUGUGCAAGCAAGUGCAGACUGCUUUGUAGAAGGGAGAAGAAUUAAUUUAAAAUAGGUUUUGUAUAAUCCAAAAUGUCAACUUAAAUUCGUUCACUGCUUGGUGUCAGCCCAGGGUAAAAUGUGGUUGUAGGACCAUGACUACGUAUCUUUGUUAGCAUUAUUUUUUGUGUUAAGUUUACCAAAUUCUGACUACAUCGUAUUUCUAACUGUGGUUUUAAUGACAUCAUGCUUAAUGCUUCGCUUGCAAUGACUGAAAAUCGUUAUGUGUAGGAAUAGUUAGGUGACCUGUACACUAAUAACUGUCAGGGAAGAAUGGUGCCAACUUCUUAUUUGCUGAUGUCACUUCUAAAAAAAAAAAAAAAAAAAAAAAAUUCGCUGUUUAGAAUAUGAAAUGUUGUUUUUUCCACAGCCACGUGAGUACUGUGUAAAUACAGUAGAAAUGUGUGGAAAGUUACUGGCUGUUUCAGCACUACGGCGCUGCGCUGUAUGUCUGGGUGCCUCCUGGAGAGAAAUAGAAAUCUAUUUCUAUAUUCAAUCUAUAACUGUCAACCUGCAGCUUAAGUUUAAAUUCGUUUAGUUUGUUUUUUCACUGGGAUUAUCUGGAGCCGGGGUGGUUCCCGGGGUGGUUUGCAGAAGCCAACAGCUCCGGUUUGGCAGAGGAACCUCACAAAGGUUCUCGUUGUGCUUCCUGGGAGUUUGGAGGAGGAGGCAGUGGGAGCUUUAGGUACAGCUGCAGUAGCGGCUUUUCCCGCUGACUGUAGAAGGGAAAUAGAGCUGUAAUAGCUGUCCAAAGACAAGUGAUUUGUUGUUCUUUCUUUCGCUGAAUUUUCUGAAGAUGUGCCUAAGCUGUGCAAUCCGUAAGCCUUUUGCAGCACUCCCUGGAAGCGGAGCACAGCGCUCUCACUGUGUUUGCCCUGAGCUAGAGAACUAGUUUCCCAUACAGAGUAGUAUUAAUGGAGAUCUGCCUUUGACCUCUCUCAAUUUCUUACUAGUUCCUAACAUGUAAUAAAUGCAAGAAUGUACAUCUUUAAAGUGCUUUUAAAUGCAAUUUCUUUUUCUCAAACUUUCAUACAUCAGUCUGUUGUAUAUUUGCACGUGCUGUUUGCAUUUGUAGUUAAUGUGUCUUUGUCACGUUUUCAUCAUGUUCUCUGGUUAAGUAAGAGUUCAAGCAAAAAUGAUCUGAGUUUUGAAAAUACUGAUUGAUUUUGAAAACCUUAAUAGAGUUUACCAACGGUUUGGGGCUUUACUAUAAAGUAGGAGUAACAUGAAUGAGUUUUCCCCGCAAGUCUUCAGAACUGAUCACUAGAGGCAGUGUCAGAACAUUCCAACCCCCUCACUUUUUUUUUUUUUUUUUUUUU